AAAUUUAGAUUUAUUAUUUGCAAACAAUUUAAUUACCGGUAAUCGUUAAUUGGUAUGAAAUAAGUAAAAGUAAAGUAUAUUUGUUAGGUUAAUAAUAUACCAAUUGCUGUGAUAUAUCAGCAAAGAGAUGACUACAAUAUCUAAGCCGAAAGCUAUAGUGAUGGACAUCGAGGGCACGACAACCGACAUUCACUUUGUGUCGCAAAAAUUGUUUCCAACUCUUCGCAAAAAUAUGAAGCAAUUUCUGAGCGAUACUUUUGACACAAAAGAGACCAAAGAGUUGAUUCAAAUGCUUCGUGAAGAAAAACGAAAGGCAAUACCUGCUGUCGACAACAGUGGCGACAAACAAAAAGUUGUCAAUUCCGCCGAAUCCAACAUCUUAUGGCAAAUGAAUAAUAAAUUGAAGACAACAUCUCUUAAGACGGCAGAGCUUUUAUGUUGGGUUUGGGUCUAUAAGUCGGCUGUUAUUAAAGCUCACGUCUAUAAAGAUGUUUCCAAUGCUUUUUAUGAAUGGAAAUCCAAGAAUGGUAUCAAACUGUAUGUCUAUUCUUCUGGAAUUAUUAGCGCCCAAAAGUUGUUGUUCGCCAACACAGAAAUGGGAAAUCUUCAUCACCUCAUCGAUGACUACUUCGAUAGUACUAUUGGUGACAAAAAAGAUAGCAAGAGUUAUAAAAACAUUGCCUCCAAGAUUGGUGUCGAUGUCGGUAAAAUAAUUUAUAUUACCGACAGUUCAUCCGAGGCUACCGGUGCCCAAACUGCCGGAAUGAAAGUUAUGCUCAUUAGACGUGGAAAGUCUGUAUCAAACAGCACCGGUAUUCCCACUAUUAAAUCAUUUGCUGACAUUAAGUUUAAUUGAUUCAAUC